CGCGCGCGCACACACACAUAGAAACACAAACACACACAUACACACACACAAACCAUAUAUGAGACACGGCCAUAGACCAGCCAGGAGCGAGCACUAUGGAACGAGCAAGCAGCGGCAGCGCACAGGACGAUGAGCUCAGCCUUGAGCUUACGCUGGCCGCCUUGGUGCCAACGCUUAGCACACCGGACGGCUUCUUCCUCUGCGUCCACUGUGACCGCAAGUUCCGCAGCUCGCAGGCACUUGGUGGCCACCAGAACGCGCAAGCGCAAGAGCGUGCCGUCGCCGAGCGCCGGCGAGAGACUGCCGCGGCAGCCACCCGCGCACAGGAAUCAAGGUCAAGGAAGGCGGAGAGGCAUGCUGCUACUGCUACUCGGAUGCCCGAGCCUGCAGACGGCAAGCAGGGCGGGAGCUCGUCCAAGCGUGGUGACGACGACGAGGUGGACUUGUCUCUCCGGCUCUAAGCGAUCCCUCCAUCGAUCUUCCAAUAUAGGAGGAUUCGUGUUAUUUCGUGCUAGGUAAGUCAGAAGCUAGCUACUUUCGUUUGGAAAAAAAAUGUUUUACCUUCUGGCUCGUAUAGCAACAAUUCGAUCAACCGGUUUCUUUCAAGCUCAUGUUGGGCGUGUGUUAGAUUCAUCGCCUCUUCUAGUUGAUUUUGUUUAUAAGGUCUUGGUAUUGAAUGCCCAAACCUUCCUGGUCCUUGAAAUGGCACAAAAUCCUUCAUUUCA